AACACUAAACAUGCCUGAUCCAGCUAAGCCGGCUCCUAAAAAGGGCUCUAAGAAAGCCGUGACAAAGACCGCCGGGAAGGGUGGCAAGAAGCGCAGAAAGAGCAGGAAGGAGAGCUACGCCAUCUACGUGUACAAAGUCUUGAAGCAGGUCCAUCCUGAUACCGGCAUUUCUUCAAAGGCUAUGGGUAUCAUGAACUCCUUCGUGAACGACAUCUUCGAGCGCAUCGCUGGAGAAGCUUCCCGUUUGGCUCACUACAAUAAGCGCUCCACCAUCUCUUCCAGGGAGAUCCAGACCGCAGUGCGUCUGCUUUUGCCCGGUGAGCUUGCCAAGCACGCCGUGUCCGAGGGAACCAAGGCCGUCACCAAGUAUACCAGCUCCAAGUAACGCUGAAGGUUUUACUCGUCCCAAGAUCCAACGGCUCUUUUAAGAGCCACUCAACAUUGUCUUUGAAAAGUAAUUCCAUCAUAAACCUGAUGAGUUGUACAGUACCCAUUUAUCUAUCGUACAACUCGAUAUUUUGUGGGGAUAAACUACGCUACUUCUGUUAUGUCUUGGGUUGCGCUGAAAGCGUAAUUCUCACUCUCGUACCUUUAUUUGUCCAUAUUUGUGACUAAUGCUUUGAUCCAGUGUUAAGCGACAUAACAUUGGAGUUUUUUCGAGAGUAAUGGUUCACUGCUAGCCCAUUAAAGAAUCUCCAGACCAGAGUGUUCCAGCGAAUGAACACGUGCACCACUAAAACGACAUUAAGGGGUGUUGG